CUUCGACACUGUUUUACGAAGAUUUGUGAGACAAGGCUCUCCCACCAGAGCACACCGAACAAGGUCUAAGAUUCCACUUUCUUUAUCUUAACCACGUUCCGCGAUAAAGUAUUUUUAUGGGUCCCGCCAUGCGAAGUACAUUUCUGCUCCUGGUCCCCACACUGCUCUUUCUCCUGGCCCUUCCCGUCUCCAGGGGACGCUAUAAUGAUGAAUUUGAUGAUGGGGAAGACCUAGUAGACUUUGAUGACAAUGAUUUUGCAGAGUUUGAGGACAUGAAUGACGACCCUGUAGCUGAGACACAAACUGUACCUCCACCAAGGGUUUUGCCUUCCUCUCAGCCAGAGGAAGACGAUGAAGCUACUGUGGAGCUGGAGGAUGGCCAGGAUGGUUUUGAAGACUCAGACACACAGGAUCAAGACAUGUACAGUAAAUAUGACCAAGAGGAGUUUGAAGGUAUUGGAGACAUGGAGAAAACUAGUCAUUCCUUGAAGGACCCUCUCAUAAUCCAUACAGUUCCAGCACAUCUUCAAAACAGCUGGGAGAGUUACUACAUGGAGAUCCUGAUGGUGACUGGAUUACUAGCGUACAUCAUGAACUAUAUCAUUGGCAAGAACAAGAACAGCCGCCUUGCACAAGCUUGGUUCAACUCUCACAGAGAACUUCUUGAAAGCAACUUUGCACUAGUGGGUGAUGACGGCACCAGUAAGGAAGCAGUGAGCACCGGAAAGCUGAAUCAGGAAAAUGAGCACAUUUACAAUUUGUGGUGCUCUGGACGUGUGUGCUGUGAAGGCAUGCUGAUCCAACUCAAGUUCCUCAAGAGGCAAGACCUUCUCAAUGUUCUGGCCAGGAUGAUGAGGCCCAUCUGUGAUCAAGUGCAAAUUAAAGUGACCCUUAAUGAUGAGGACAUGGACACGUUUGUGUUUGCUGUGGGUACAAAGAAGGCGAUGGCCCGGCUUCAGAAGGAGAUGCAGGACUUGAGUGAGUUCUGCGGUGACAAGCCGAAGUCUGGAGCCAAAUACAGCCUCCCAGACUCGCUGGCUAUUCUGAGUGAGAUGGGCGAGGUCUCUGAUGGGGUGAUGGACAACAAGAUGGUUCACUAUAUCACCACCCACGCUGACAAGAUCGAGUCCAUCCAUUUCUCGGACCAAUUUUCUGGUCCAAAAGUUAUGCAAGAGGAGGGUCAGCCCUUAAAGCUGCCUGAGACAAAGAAGACUCUGCUGUUUACAUUUAAUGUGCCUGGUAUGGGCAACACUUCUCCCAAAGACAUGGAUGCUCUGCUUCCUCUCAUGAAUAUGGUGAUCUACAGCAUCGACAAAGUCAAGAAGCUCCGUCUCAACAGAGAGGGAAAACAGAAAGCUGACAGAAACCGGGCGCGUGUGGAGGAGAACUUCCUGAAGCAGACACACGCUCAGCGCCAGGAGGCAGCCCAGACCCGCCGGGAGGAGAAGAAGCGAGCUGAGAAGGAGAGGAUCAUGAACGAGGAGGACCCGGAUAGGCAGCGUCGGCUCGAGGAAGCGGCCCAACGUCGCGAACAAAAGAAGAUAGAAAAGAAGCAGAUGAAGAUGAAACAGAUCAAAGUGAAAGCGAUGUGAGCAGAUACGAGCAGCUCGUGGAUAAAGAUACAGAUGUUUGGGCUCGGUUUUCUCUUCCACAAUCUGCAGCUCGCAGUGUCUCCAGCCGUAAGCCGACCUCUGUCUCCGAGUGUGUCCCACGUAACCGUAUUUGUCUCGACCUGAUCUGUUUGGUGUUGGCUCAGCUUUAACAGUGAGCGAGCUUCGAGUCUCAUGAAACUGGGGAUUUUUCUCUCAUGGAAUGCCACUACAAAUCACACCAAGUUUGUUUGUUUCGGGCACAUUUUGUCGCUCACUGAGCUUUUUAAAUUGAAUAUACGCAUAGAGUUAAGGAACACAUUAUUUGAUGCGUUAAAGCCAUCAUUUUAAAA